AUGGACUCCGAACCACCCCUCCCCCCACCUCCACACAUCCGCCACCGCUCGCCAACAGCCAAAUCGCAAGGCCAUCAAUCCCAUCCACGAGCCUCCUCUUCCCAAGUAAACAAAACCUACCGUCUCUCCCGCUUCGACGACCACUCCAGCCAGCCCUCCAGUGACCCCGCGCUCUUCUCCAGCGACGACAUCCCGGCCUCGGGCCUCGAGAACUACCAUGCACCCGCAGCUGGCUCGGGCUCGCGCAAGCGUCGGUACCGCGGGACGUGGUGGGGGGAGAUGGUGAAGGAGAAGGAGACGAAGCGGAAGCGCGUGGACUUCAAGGACAAGAGACUGGUGGAUUCCGGUGUUUGGAUGGGGAGUGAUGAGUCGGUUGGGAGUUUCUUGCCGUCGGAGGAUACGGGGUGCUGGGGGGAGGAGUUGUUGAUUAGAGAUGAGGCGACGGGGAUGGCGACCGGGCGAGGGAUAGCUGGGCUACCGGUUCGCGCUGGGCCUGCGAAGACGAUGAGGGUGGAGGAGGCGAGGGAGUAUCAGAUGGCGAGGGCGGUGGUGAAUGAUUGUUUGGAGAGGGGAUUGGAUAGUAUUGAUCUUAGUAAUGGGAAUCUACGCGUCGUUCCACAGGGCCUGUUACGGCCCCUGCAGCAUCUUACAAAGCUCCCAUCCAUCAGGGAGCCGCCGAUUAGUGAAGAGGUGUACAGCUCGUUGCAGCCUUUCCUUCGGCUCUUUCUCGCUGGAAAUGGAUUGAGCGCGGUUUCCGGGGAGCUGUUCGAGCUUGAUUCUCUGCGCGUGCUGAGCCUGCGCAAUAACAAGCUCACCGAGAUACCACCCGCCAUCCGCAGACUAACGAAGCUCCAGGAGCUCAACCUCUCUGUUAACCGCCUAAACUUCCUCCCCUGGGAGCUCCUCUGGCUUAUCAAGAAGGGCGACCUGAAACAUCUCACCGUCCGGCCGAAUCCUCUCUCCCAAAUUGAAGAAUCUGAAAUUGCCCAGUGCCAUCUCACUUCGGAAAUCGAGGAAGGCCUUGAGAACCUCAAAGCCGUUGAGUACGAAGGACCUGCCCCAGAAGAAGCCUGGGCCCCUAUUCACAUUGCAACCGGUCCUGUUCGCCGUUUCAACAUGGAAGGGUUGCCUAUCCCAGACACACAAUUAUCUACCGUCAAACAGUCUCAAUCACACGUCCCGUCCCUCCGUGAGGUAUCCCUCCUAUCAUUUAGCCGCUCCUCUUACUUCGACACCAUCUCCGACGAGGAAAUGACCGACCUCCCUAGCCUGAUGCUCCGGCUUCUCCGGUAUGCGCGGGGAGUGCACAGUGCCGGUGGUCGGUCCUGCUCGGUCUGCCACCGGAGCUUCGUCAUUGCACGGACGGAAUGGGUCGAGUGGUGGGACUGCAGCACGUAUGAGAACGGGCUUAAGGGCCCGCGGGUGUCAGGGGAGAAACUACGUCCGUUGCCGUUCCGGCGGCUGGGGUGUAGUUUAGCUUGUCUUCCUGAUGUUGCUUAG